AUGAGAUUUCACAAAAGCACGCACAACCACUCUGCACUUCCUGCAGGUCGUCAAAGAUGGAGGUCGGUCACACUACAGCCUUGGUGUGUACCUCUUCUUCUGCUCACUGAACUGGUAUUCAUUGUUGCAAUCAUUACGCUGUUGGUCCUGUCUGGGCAACGCACUGGCUUUGUCAACGUUGGCUUCGAGGAAAGAUCUGUGGAUUUCUCCAGUUUCGAAGGUGCACUGGACUGGGGCUAUGGCCUCUUGUGGACUGCUCUCCCAGUUUUUAUCAUCGGCCUGUACAAACUAUUUCGCGAUGCUGUCAGAACGGCACUUGUGCUCGAAACACCCUACAUCGAACUGGCUACCCAAAGGUUUGGGGAGAAGGUAGCGAUGGGAAAGUCUGUCUAUUUAGACUAUCGAACAUCCUUUACAAUCGUGGCUUGGUGGAAGGCGUUGAAGAACAAGCACUACUUGUUGAGUGUCUGCCUUGUUCUCUCAUUCGUCGAGGCACUCGCUCUUGUACCUCUCACUGCACGUCUCUUCGCUGUUCGAGAAGAACUGCUUCCCCGCGAGUCACUUCUCAACGUCUUAUCCCUCUUCGACACCACUGCUCCUCUUUCCAACGCAGACUAUGGGGCGCUUAUGGAUCUCGUUGCAGCCUCGUGGAUCAAUGAGUCACCCUUACCACGCGGCACCGAUGGUGAUUAUGCCUUCUCUAGGCUCACGCCGAUGCAAUAUUACUCCAACUUCACAGUGUCUGCCCCAGUGAAUGCUUCCAGGCUCACCAUCGACUGUGAAGAAGUUUCUGCUACGUCAAAAACUUUUGCCGUAGCUGAGGAGAGCGACAAUAUUUAUACUGCUAGCUAUUCUGCAACGGACCGUGGCUGUUCUAUAAAAGGGGACAUAGCCGCAAACGCUGAUAGCAACGACUUUCUUGACGCCGGUCUAACCAGUGACUGCCCUGAAGGAGCUGGUAGGGCUCGCAUUAAUUUCUUCUACGGAUCACUUUCUUCAUCUGGCAGACUGGAGAACCCGAUCCUUGUCUCGUGCAUUCCGAGCUUCUGGUCUGCCAGUGGUAAACUCACGGUAGUAACCACCAACAGCAGUUUUUCAGACCGUGUCGUUGAAACGCCAAGGUUUCAUGCCGAAGCUCAUGAUAUCGAAGAAUUGGGCAUUGCAGCUCAACAGUUUGAAGAUGGGCUCAUAACUGUCCGAACGUUCAACCCAGCUACAAGCAGCGCGGGCAAUACCAAUGCCCCGGUCCGACUCGCGGAGUUGAUCGUGCGUAGUGUUAGGAUCACCAACAGGACAUUCUCGGCCCAAAACAUCAUCGAUGCCGCCCAACGCAUUUACCCAGCCAUAUAUACCAUGCUGGCGGUAACUUACUUUUAUCCUGAGCUCGGUACUCCCGUUCAGGUGUUGGGGACAAUUGCAGUGGCUGAAAAUCGCCUUCAUGUCGUACCACCCGUCGCAAUCACCAUGAUAGUAAUUUUUGCUAUUCUAUCUUGCUCCACGGGUUACCUCAUCCUCUACCUGCAGAGCCAUCCGAGCAUUCUCGCUGAAGAACCGGUAGGACUGUUUGGUGCAGCGAAUUUAUUGAGUGGCAGCAAUGUAUACGAUGUAGUUGAGAGGUACCAUCGCCGAGGCAUCUUCUGCGGCUUUGCCACUGGAAACCUUUCCACGGAGCAGAAGAAGGAUAUUGAUACCGAGUUGAAGGAAACAGAGUGUUGGGUUGAGCCCGGACCUGGACACCAUGCCUUGAUCAUCAAGGCCGACGUACCAAGGAGUCUUCACGAUUCGCGAGAAGGCAUGAUGCGUUAA